AACAGGAGGAUAGGAGGGACAGCUUGCUCGCUUUGAGGGGCUUCCGAGGCCAUGGGUGGCGGCGGACAGACUGUAGUACCGCAAAGCAUCGAUAGUGAUACAGCUGAGGAUGCAUCCUCAACGAGUGUAAGGGUCGAUGGUCCGCUCGCAGCCGGGAGACGGGAGGAUCCGCUGUCCUUUUCCGACGAGGGGUCACCACUCGCAUCCAUCCCGCACGCACAGCACCCGCUGGACGGCAUUAUAAACUCAGAAUCCUCCACUUCGGCUGUCAAUCCUCUUCCCUUCACACUGCCUCGCAAUAUUUACGAGAAGCAGGACGUUGUCCCCUUCUAUGACGCCCCACUGAUUGUGGCAGUCGUCGCCAAUGUGGUGUGGCCAGCGGUGCUUCUCGUUUUGACUGUUUGGAGCAUGCUGGUGGUGAUAUAUUUCCGCCUGGCUCGUUUUCUCUCCGAAAACGUCCUCCAAACUCCAGCAGUGCACGUGCACGACGGAGACGAGGCUCCUGUGGACAUGGGUCUCUAUUUCUUCGGCCUUGAUAACCAGUGUGAGAAAUGGUUGCCUUCCUCUUCCUCCUCCGCGGCAGAGGAUCUUGCUCCCACUUUCCGCAUGUCCCUCCUACGCGGGAGCAAGGGGAAAAAGAGCACGAUUGAUGCGAAUCCCAAGGGUCAGUGCAAGUUUUUUGACCCCUGCAAACCCACUGUCAUCUAUGUCCACGGGUUUUCUCGCCGGACCACGGCCCGACGUUUUCGAGAGACCUUCAACUGGGCACACAGCGAUAAGCUGUACGGUCUGGAUAUUAAUGCCGCCGAUCGAUGGGUACGGGAAGGCUGGAAUAUCGGAAUUUUCUUCUGGAACAAUCAUGCCGACGAGGAGGUUCCACAGGACACAGAGAGCAAAAUAUGGACCUCGAACGGCCGGUGCGGAAUGCGCUAUCGGACGAUCUGUCCUCAGAGGGGUCGCGUCAUGUACUACGCCUCCUCCCGCCCUUCCCCCUCCAUUUCCCAAACCCUCGCGGACCUGUUGGCGGACGUGUUUAGGGGGGCUCAGGCUCCCUACAGGCUUGUGGGGCAUAGUUUGGGUACACAGGUGGUCGUGCAUGCCGCCACCCUGCUUAGCCAGCGGAAAGCGCGAGAGGAAGAAGAAGUCAGGUCGGCGACUGCUUUAGCCGCUGCAGCCGCUUCGGCGGCCGUGGCAGUUGCCAGGACGGGGGCAGCGGCCACGAUGAAGGCAAAAAUGGGGGUAUAUGCAAGCAAGAAAGAGAAACGAAAGACCGUAGCGGCAGCUAAACGUGCCGAAGCUGCGGCAAUCUCAACGGCCGCACAAGAAGCCGCUUGUGCGGCAACGAAAGCAGCAGCAGCUACACAGGCCCCUUUGCAGCUACCGACACGCAUCGCCCUGUUGGACGCGUUUGCCACGCUCGGCGUGAAGGCCUACCUGUCGGGAUGGCCGAUCAUGGUGGUGGUGCAGAAGGAGGUGCUUGCCCUCCGAGGGCUUGGGAUUGUGUUUGAACAGUUCCAGACCAGCUUGAUCGGCCGCCGGGGAUUCUUUCUGCGCCAUUUGACCGCCUUCGUUCAGUUGGAUCCCCCCGGCAUUCCCUGGUACCGGCUGCGAUCACGGCACGUGGCAGCAGUCUACAUGUACUUCCUCUCCUUUGGUCAUGCCGUGGACGGGCCCCGACUGAAAAAGGCCGACCUUCGCCGGCAUCAGUCCGUGGAGAUCUGCUUCAGCCUCCUCAAUAGUGCGGGUGGCAGCUUGGGAAGCGGGCUGAACGGCCUCAAGAGCCAUCUCCUCCCGGAGACGGAGGAAGAACAAAACGCCGACCCCAGCGCUUGGGCCAUGGGGGCUACGUCGUGUGUCGCCCUCUCGACCCUUAUCUCGGGCGCGUCGCCGUCUUCCCGUUCUCCGCCUUUGCGGACCUCCGUGUCCCUGUCUAUUUUCCAACGUCGACACAGUGCAGGGACCUUGUCAAAUCAGGAAAAUCCGAACGAGAGCCUUCGAUCCUUUCCGACCGACGAUGGUGCCACUUCCCUCCCUUCGAUGACGUCUCCCACGGACAUGGCCACAGCGAUUUUCCGGCGUCGGGUGCCCGCGCAUAAGACGCUGGCCCUUGGGAACAAGAGCCUCAAUUCCCUGCAAGAAGCCAUGCCGCUUCUGCCACCUUUGUCGCCCACCAUUCAACCCCCCCUCGCUCUUCCUCUCGCACCCGCUUCCAAGGUGACCGUGACGUCAAAAUCGCAGGACGAAGCCCAGGUGCUGGGCAGGCAACAGCGGCAUGAGUAUUAUUCGCACGGCGCCUACGAAGGGCACAACAAGAACCAUUUGCGGUGGCUGACGGCCUCGGCGUAUCGAGAGGUGGAGAUUGGCGACUUUCCCCUCAUGGCACGGGCAACGGAUGCUGAGGUGCGUGAGCUGAUGCUGGGAAACUAUGUGUACAAGCAGUAUCGGGGCCAUUUGUUCUUGCGAGUUUCGCGGGCUUGGUAGCAUGGUUUUUAGGCAUAGAUUACAUAGGUCAGCGGUAACUGAACGGUUAUGAGAACCAUCUUUAAAAUUUGAUUGCAAAGCAUAUAAUGCGAUAACACCAGGAAGUAAAGGCGGAGAAAGACUUGUCGGGGAGUCAUGUAAAUGUACGCGUAGGUAAUCAGCUAGAAAUAAGACUUGAAAACAUGCCCUUGGUGUAUUGCUCUUUGAAAGGACAUGCGUGCCAUCUAGGAACCCGACAUGGAUAACUUCGUUCAGAGUUAUGAUAGAUAAAGUGGCAAUUGUAUAAUAAAUACACAUAGAGAAAACUGUG